UUGCUGUAUUUAUUUUUUUUUUUCUUCUUUCCCCUUUUGCUCUCCAGUUUCCACCCCGCUGGGCCAGGGCAGGGUGAACCAGCUCGGAGGGGUUUUCAUCAAUGGUCGCCCACUACCCAACCACAUCCGACAUAAAAUCGUGGAGAUGGCUCACCACGGGAUCCGGCCCUGCGUGAUCUCCCGCCAGCUGCGGGUCUCCCACGGUUGCGUCUCCAAAAUCCUCUGUAGGUACCAGGAGACGGGCUCCAUCCGGCCAGGAGCCAUCGGAGGCAGCAAGCCCAGGCAGGUUGCGACUCCCGACGUGGAAAAGAAAAUCGAGGAAUACAAACGGGAAAAUCCCGGGAUGUUUAGUUGGGAGAUCCGAGACAGGCUCCUGAAGGAUGGGCACUGCGACCGGAGCACCGUGCCCUCAGUGAGUUCGAUUAGCCGGGUGCUCCGCAUCAAAUUCGGGAAGAAAGAGGAAGAAGAGGACUGCGACAAGAAAGAGGAAGAUGGGGAGAAGAAGGCCAAGCACAGCAUAGACGGCAUCCUGGGCGACAAAG